ACACUGAGUUCGUGUGUUGCACAAGUGUGUAUGUAACUAGUCGUGCACUGAAACACACGUGUACACUGUACAUGUACAUGUACAAUACGAAUGCAAGUCAAUGCGGAAUUCUGAGCUCACACGGGUGCAAAAUCUUUGCGGGCACCCGACUGCCUGGCCCCCCUGCGGUUUUACUGUGCACCGAUUACAACGAGAACUUUGUGUGUGUGGUACGCUGGUAGCGGUACUGGUCACGUGACGGUGCCAACCAACGCCCUUUAUCACACAGUCACCAAACUGUUUCCUGUCGAUCUGUGGGCCGGGUGAACCCACAGCAGGGCUUUACCGGCAGCAGCACAAGCUGACUCACUGUCGGAGCACGUAAGUUGAACGCGAAUAUCUGAUUACUGUGCAAGGCCUGUCCGUUUAGUGAACAGUAAACGCAAAAGCAGUGAGCUGAGGAGAGCCAUUUUUUUACGAACCUCGGUGAAACUAAGCUUGGUGCUCGGCGCUAGUAGAGUGAGUUGCGAAGGCUGCAUUGGCACACUUGUGUGAUUUACUGCACUGUAACUUGUGUAAGACGAAGACAUUCCAUUUCUAGCCAUGUCGGCGGCCAACGGAACCGCGAGUGGAGGCGACGUGCUGCAGUUUGACGUGGGGCUGAUCAGCGCCUCUUCCAAGAAGUACUUGACGACGGAACUGGGCACGGUGAACGUCAACGGGACCUCGCUGAAGAGCAAACAAGUAUGGACCCUCAACCCCGCCACCGCAGACGGCAAACUCUUCUUCCUGUCCAACAAGGCAUCCAAGUCUGGCCUUAUCACCGUGUACCGCCUGACCUAUGACAAGUACGGUAAGGUGACGGCGGAGAAGAUGGAUGACGAGACCAGCCCGGACCUCAUGCAGAAGUUCCGGGUGGAGCCGCAGGGUGACGGCAAGUUCGCCAUCAAGGCCGAGACGCUGGACUACCUGAGCGCCGGGGCCGAGCCCACGUGCAAGGCCAAGUCGGUCGGGACCUCAGAGACCUGGAGCAUCCAGCUAGCCAUCCACCCCCAGGUGAAUAUCUUCAGCGUCCAGCGCCAGCAGUUUGCCCACCUGGACCUGGAGAGGGAACGGCUCCUCUUCAACGAGAACAUCCCCUGGGGCGGGGACGCUGUCAUGACCCUAAUCUGGGACGCGGCAGCCAGCCAGUACCUCAUCCAGGCCGCCGACGACCGCUUCCUUAACGCCGACGGCUCCUUGUCUGCCGACAAGUCCGGGGAUGCCCUCUUUGCCUUAGAGUUCCACGGCGAGCACCUCGCCUUCAAGAACGGUGGCAAGUACCUGUCGGUUGGCGGCAAAGACGGUGAGCUGAUGACUAGGAAAGGAACGGUGGGCAAGGAGGCACUCUUCAAGCUGGAGGACAGCUACCCUCAGGGUAUUUUCUAUAACCUGAGCAACAACAAAAUCGUAUCCAUGAAACAAGAUAUCCACGUUUCAGCCAACCAGCACGAGGAGACAGAUACCGAGACCUUCCAGCUAGAAUGUGCCCCCGGAAAGACUAACGAGUGGGCCGUCCGUAGCAGCAACGGUAACUACUGGUCCAUGGACUCUGGCAAGCAAGACAUUCUCAAUAAUGGCAAAUCCAAGAGCAAUGCCUGCUUAUUCGAACUGGUAUACGACGGGCUGGAGGCCGGCACUGUGGCGCUCAAGGCUAAGGCCAAUGGCAAGUUUGUGGGCAUCAAGAGCAGUGGGCCUCUGGUGGCCUCCGGCAGUGAGGUGGGCAAGCCCGAGACCUUCCGUUUCAAGCUGAGCAACCGGCCCAACCUGGUGCUGAAGGGGGAGCACGGCUUCAUCGGUCUGAGGAAGAACUUCGAGUGUAACCGGACAACAGUGGACAACGAGGUCAUCCAGGUGUCGUACGAAAACGACGGGACCUACAUCUUCAGAGGCCGCGAUCCCAACACAGCAUGGACCGUGGACGGCGAAGGCAACUACACGUUGAGUGAGGGCGCCCCCGAGAAGUUCACCUUGGAGUUUAUGAAGAGGUCGCAGUUCCUGAUCCGCGCUUCCAACGGGAAACUGCUGGAGGGCAAACAGCAUGGAGAGAUGAGAGCAACGGGAACAGAGAUGAAAAAGAGUACUCUAUGGGAGUUCUAGAAACGAUUUGUAGUGGACUAGGAGUUUUUUUACGACCAUACUAAUGAUUUGUAAAAGCGACUAUACAUUACAAAACUCUCCGAUGAAAACAGCGACAUUUUUGUUGAUUUUGGAAAUCCAAAGCGUACCGUGUUGUGGUCAUUUUGACCUUCUAGUCGCAUUCCAUUAGCCACUUACUCACUGGCCAUAACAUGCAGGUUUAACUGCAUGAUUGUCUUUUGUUUGCGUAUAAAUGGAAGUAACGUCUCUCAUAUUCCAAUAUUAGGAGAAAAUAACGUGCGAUUGAGUUAUAUUUGGUUGUGUACGUGGACCAAAUCUGGGUCACCGUAUUGAGGGUUUCACAUUAGCUCCCUUUGCGCAUAUCUGCAUCGAAACCGAGGCUCUCUGUGUUGAACUUCAUCGCGCGCGCGCCCGCGGAGUCCACACAGUACAUGCAGUAUCCGGUUCGUAAGUGUGACGCCACUUCAGUUUAAGCCACGCCCACUGCACAAGAUACACUACCAUCGCAGGUACCUUAGUUCAAACGUGUCGAGUCAUCCUGAAAGACUCUUCCACAAAAAUGUGCCGCCUGAAAUGUCUGAAUUUAACAUACCUUUAUGUA